AUGAAGGCUUUGUGCAAGCCGCUUCGGUGCUUGUCCUUUCUCGGUGGGCGAAAACCGCCAGAUCAGUACACUGCGUCUGAAGGUCAGCAUUUGUCUAAAGCUGUUGACCUAGAUGAUGAAGACGAGGAUGAUUUCUUCGGAGAUUCUUGGGCUGAGGGCGGCGCAAGUGGUUCCAGCGCAUCUCAGACAAAGGAGGCUGAGGCGCAGCGCAGCGGUGUGGAGCGCCAUCCAACCAGGGAAACGACUACCAAGCGGCCAGCUCCAGGCGUUUCGUCACAGGCGCCCAAGUUGGCCGCCAAAAAACAGGAAGCGGACUUCUUCAACGAGUUGGGCAUGGAGCCGGAGUAUAGAGCUCCGAGGAUUCUUGAAAAGGAGCAUGGUCCCACCAAGGGUUCUUCUGUGAGUUCCUUGCUGGAUGAGGCGGCAGAGGUCUCCACUGCUGGUUGGGGCGAUGACUUGGAUCUUUGA